GCCACCCGGUAAUACUAGGGCUAAACGGAUUAUACAACCUCCUUUGACAGUGUACGCCACCGCCAACACAGGACUAAAUAUAAUACUGCAGAGACAAUGACCAACCGAACCGCGAAAGACCCCCCAUUGUUAAAUACCGUGUAUUGUGCUGAUCACAAAGAGAUAUUUAGUAGAAAUAAUAUUGACAGUCAAUCCAGUCACUGGUAAUAUGUGUUUACGGCAGCCGCUUUCUUCAGAUCCAGUGUAGUGUGUGUGGGUAUAUACCCGGUAAUACACUGACAUGGGGAACCACCGCUGGUUUAUAUAACUGUGCCCGCAAGAUUAACGGAGUUGCAUUGUGUUGUUGUCUGUGAUCGUGUGAGAUAUUCAGCUGCGAGACGACUGGGGUGUUGUAGGCAGUGUCUUCCUACAACGUUGUGUCACUUUACUGAUGUUGUGCUGACGUGAACGCGUGUGUUCUUUCACAGUGUGGCACUCACUGCGAAUAAUGUGUUUGUGAUAGUAAUACAGAAGAUAUAAAUUAACUUUUUAGACCUGAACAUUCUGGAAACCUCAAUGAUUUUUAACAUCAAAAAUAGUGUAUUUAACAAGUUCGUUAACUUUAUUGAAUUCUGUUGAUCAAGAUCAAAUUUCCAAUGUUUUUUCAUAUAUAAAAGAAGUCAUUUCGGAAAUUACUAGUGCGUUUCGUUAGGUAAAAGUAUUCAUUAAUCUGGUUUACACCAGUAUUUGAUGUUAUAACAUUUUAAAACACACUGAAGAUUUUCAACAUUAGUGUCAAAUAUUUCGGUCAGAUUUGUGAUCCUCAUUUUAUCGUUUUGACUGGCAACCAGCACUUCCAUCACAGACUUGAAAAUACCUGUCUAGGAUUUUACUGAGGUCUCAACUAGCGAUCAGUAACUUCACAUGACAUAAUGUUUUUAAUGUGUUUUAUACAUAAACUACGUCAUUUCGGAAAUAACUCGUGUGUUUAGUUAGUAAAGAUUAUUUGCUUUAAACCAAUAUAUGAUGCUGAAACGUUAAAAAGAUACACUGAAGAUCUUCAGAUUUGUGUCAAAUAUUUCGGUCAUAUUUGUGAUCCUUAUGUUAUCAUUUUGACUGACACCAGCACUUCCAUCAUCCAUUAAAACUACCUAUCUGUGAUUCUAGUGAGGUCUCAACCAGCACUUCCAUCACCCAUUAAAACUACCUGUCUGUGAUUCUACUGAGGUCUCAACCAUCACCUAUUAAAACUAGCUGUCUGUGGUUCUACUGAGGCUUCAGCUGUCUGUAAUUGUAGCAGCGAUCGCUAACUUCAUGCGACAAUGGACGAAGGAAGAAUCGGGGCUGUAAAGCGUCAGGAAGACAAACACCGGAAGUUCGCCUGUAUCCUGAACGAAAUGAUCAAAUCGCGCGAGACCGAGUACGAGAAAUCCCUGAGCCGUGAGCGGUACGAGACGUCUUUCCGCUACGUGAAGAACUUCAUGAGCGUCAAGCAGUCGCUGGUGAGACAGAAGAUCCUUCAGCAGUGUCUGGCCAUGAGGAGGCGGGCCGCCCGGGAGGACGAUCCGGCCGUGCAGAUGUUCGGACAGUAUGGCGGCGUACCGCUGCACGGGUUCUCGCGGGACGUCGAGCAGCACAUCAUAAACAUGCACCCGAAGAUCAGGAGGAUUCGCAAAGUCCAGAAACUGUUACGGGAAUCCAAACAGAACGGCGCCAUUUUGGAUGAAGACGCCACGGCUGAAAGAAUCAAUAAUUUCUUUAAAAACGAAAGGAAGCAAUUACUGAAGGUUGUGAAGACAGAGACUGGUGGUUCCGAAAAUGAUAAUGUGUCGGAAAUACGACGUGAGGUACCACAAAAGAAACAAAAGUCUGAAACGCGGAAAACGACUUUGGUUAAAAAUGUAGCUAGGUCUUCUCGUUCUGAAAGCCAAAUGAGUGACACCGGUGAAAUAAGACUUGAUAAAAGGGCGGCACUGGUGCUGCCACCAAUUUACUCAACCAAAGCUUUAGUACAGCGUUAAAGACAGAUAAUCAUAGUUGAAGCAAUAAUUAUAGUGGAAUCUCGAAAUUGGUAUAUGCUUUUAUCAUAGUUGAAGGAGAUAUUAUAAUUAAAUCUCGAAAUAGUCAAAUGGUUUGAUCAUAGCUGAAGCAAUCAUUAUACUGGAAUCUGAAAAUAGCCAAGUAGUUUUCGACAGACACAUUCUUGCUACUGUUUGCUGUUGUUAAUGGCCAAGAGGUUUUCAACCACCUUAGUUACUAAGGAAACGAAACAGUGCCAGAUUGAGUGAACUUAAAAACCUCUUGGCCAUACAGAAUGUAUUUUAAUCGUAGAAAUGAGAUCAUUUUCCUUCCCUGUCUUGUCUGUACGCGUUUUAUAAUCUCGUCUAUUGUAGUCAGACGUCGUGACUUGUAGAAAUCCGAGCCCGAGUACCCACUGUGUUUGUAGUGUGUGGUUUUUGUCAUUCCGGCUCCAGUGUUUAUGUUGGUAAACAAACUGACUGAGCAGUGCUGAACACCACGGUGAUACUUGGUGUAUACUCUCCUACCAGACUCGUGGGUCUUCAGACGGUUUCUGGAUUAGUGUUGUGGUGUCGUACUCUAUACAAAUCAGUACUGAUAGCGAACUGGUGCUGUACGUUUGCAGAACGAUUUAUAGGUACAAUAAAACCUGGCUAUAAAGACCACGUAAAGUAUCUAGGAAUUAUUGCUUUUAUUAACAGGGGUCUUCAUAUACAGGUUAUCAUGCACGUCGACAAACUAGUACACUUCAUUGAUAUUUAGCGUCAUUGCUUGUACACCUUAGAUCAUAAUAUACUGUUCUGUCUUUAUACUCCAUCACGUCGGUGGGCCCUUGGGCUAUUUCUCGUUCUAGCCAGUACUCCACGACUGGUGUAUCAAGUGCCGUGGUAUGUGC